UACAGUCUAGGGCUUGCUGCUGAAAAGCCCGCUGGAUCCUCCACUGACCUGCUGUUCUUUCCUGCCUUCCUCUCGCGUUUUUUUUCUUCCACAUUUAGAUUAAAAACAAAGCCCUCUCUCUCUCUUUCUCUCUCUCCCUCUGUCCCCUCUCCCCUCCCUCUUUCUUCUUCUUGCUCUCCCGCUCCUUCAUUUCUGCGGCAGUAGUCAACGUGAAGGGCUCCAGCGUAUCAUAGGGGGUGAAGAGGAGGAAAAAGCAGAGAGGACGACUCUCUGGACGGAGCAGAGUGUGUGUUUAUGUUUGUAUGUUUUGCCAUUGGACAGCCGGGUGAAGGGGGCACGGGGGGAGAAGCGUAGGAGGAGGAGAGGAACAGAGGAGAGACUGCCUGGAUGAAAAUCUGUGUCAUGUCACUUAGCGCGGACCUUGACUGAUCACAGGGUGAGAAAAGAGAGAGAGACACCGAGAGGAAGACGAGGAGGAGGAGGAGGAGGAGAUUGGAGGAAAAACUGAGACUUUGGUUUCACUGGGAAAAGAAGAGGAAGAAGAAGCAGCAGCAGCAGCAGCAGGAGGAGGAGGAGGAAGAGGAGGUGAAGUCUGGUGCUCCGUUUAAUCAUGACAUUGUUGGAUAAACGAACCAACGGAUUGAGCGCUCUUGAGCUGUGUGUCAUCAGGAAUUCAUCUUAAAUAAGGAGAACGACUCUGGAAGAGUGAAGACGGCUGUGCUCAGUCCAGCGAAGGAGCAGGAACUGGACUUACUGAUAGUGAGUGUGUGUGAGAGACUGUAACCAGUGGAGGGCAGAGGAGUGGAGGGCCAGGGGACUAACCUGGCCAUCAAACGGACUGGCAGCCUCUCCUCUCCUGGGAUCAUGUACCCUCAGGGCAGGCAUCCGGUCCCCUUGCAGCCUGGCCAGUCUUUCAAGUUCACUGUCCUGGAAACUCUGGACCGUAUCAAGGAGGAAUUCCAGUUCCUCCAAGCUCAGUAUCACAGCCUGAAGCUGGAGUGUGAGAAGCUGGCCAGUGAGAAGACUGAGAUGCAGAGGCACUACAUCAUGUACUAUGAAAUGUCCUACGGCCUCAACAUUGAGAUGCACAAGCAGGCAGAGAUUGUCAAGCGUCUCAGCGCCAUCUGUGCUCAGAUCAUCCCUUUCCUCUCUCAAGAGCAUCAGCAACAGGUGGUCCAAGCAGUGGAGAGAGCCAAGCAGGUCACCAUGGCAGAACUCAAUGCCAUUAUCGGGCAGCAGCAGCUCCAACACCUGUCUCACCAUGCGCCUGGCAUCCCCCUGACGCCUCACCCAUCAGGCCUGUCCCUCGGUGCGGGGGGCUCAGGGCUCCUGGCGCUGACCGGUGCUCUCGGCGUCUCAGCCCACCUUGCGUCCAAAGAUGAGCGCAACCACCUUGACCCUGAACAUCUUCGAGAGGGAGCACCCAGCAGGAGUAAGUCAGUGUCAUCAACCGACAGUCAGCCCCCCGAGGAGCGACAGGGCCCAUCAGGAGGCUACUCCUCCUCACAGGGAGGAGCCGAGGCCAAGAGGAGGCGCUGUGAUGACAAAGAGUCUCUCCCACCACACUCCUAUGACAGUGAUGGAGACAAAAGUGAAGACAAUCUUGUGGUGGACGUCUCCAAUGAGGAGCCCAACUCUCCUGCAGGCAGCCCUCCUCACUCCCCACAUGGGAAUGGGUUAGAUCGGGCUCCCACUCUAAGGAAAGAGCUCCCGGGCUCCUCGAGCACAGGAGAGGCCCCCUCCACCCCGAACCCCCGCAGCCCCACCCCAGGCAAGGGCAAGGACCCUGCACAGAUGGAUAAGUCCCAGUCUCCGUUGUCUAAGUCUGGUACCCCGUCCCCGUCCCACCGUGAGGCCCUUACCCCCGGAGCCCCAGGAGCUCCUGGUCCCAGCACCUCCUGCCUUCGUCUGGUCAGCAAAGCAGCAACCAGCGCAGACCCACUCGCUCUCCGCAGUCCCAUGUCUGUGCCCCCCGGUUCAUACCCGGCUCAUUUUGGCGUGGUGUCCCACGCAGGACUGAAUGGGGAGCUGGCGAGCCCAGGAGGCUUUGGCGGGGCUCUAACUCUCUCCCCACAAAUCAGUGCAGCGGCCAGCGCCUACUCCCGAAGCCCCAUGGUGGCUUAUGACUCUCGAUCUCACCUGAGAGCACCGGGGCUGUCCUCCUCUCUGCCGGGCUCCUCUGGCGGAAAGCCCGCCUACUCGUUCCAUGUGAGCGCAGACGGCCAGAUGCAGCCGGUGCCCUUUCCCCCCGACGCCUUGCUGGGCCCGGGAAUCCCUCGUCACGCCCGUCAGAUCCACACCCUGAACCACGGAGAGGUGGUGUGCGCCGUCACCAUCAGCACCUCGACGCGCCACGUCUACACUGGAGGAAAGGGUUGCGUCAAGGUGUGGGACAUCAGCCAGCCGGGCAGCAAGAGCCCCAUGGCCCAGCUGGACUGUCUGAACAGGGACAACUACAUCCGCUCCUGUAAAAUCCUCCCCGACGGGCGAACCCUGAUCGUCGGCGGGGAGGCCAGCACGCUGUCAAUCUGGGAUUUGGCCACACCCACUCCCCGCAUCAAGGCGGAGCUGACGUCAUCCGCACCCGCCUGCUACGCUUUGGCCAUCUCCCCUGACAACAAGGUCUGCUUCUCGUGCUGCAGCGACGGCAACAUCGUCGUCUGGGACCUUCACAACCAGACGCUGGUCAGGCAGUUCCAGGGCCACACGGACGGAGCGAGCUGCAUCGACAUCUCCAACGACGGCACCAAGCUGUGGACGGGAGGACUGGACAACACGGUCCGCUGCUGGGACCUCCGGGAGGGACGGCAGCUCCAGCAGCAUGACUUCACCUCACAGAUCUUCUCUCUGGGCUACUGUCCGACAGGCGAGUGGCUGGCAGUAGGAAUGGAGAGCAGUAACGUGGAAGUCCUGCAUGUGUCCAAACCUGACAAGUACCAGCUGCACCUCCACGAGAGCUGCGUCCUCUCCCUCAAGUUUGCCUACUGCGGCAAGUGGUUCGUGAGCACAGGAAAAGACAAUCUGUUGAAUGCAUGGAGGACACCAUAUGGAGCAAGUAUUUUCCAGUCCAAGGAGUCCUCGUCUGUGCUGAGCUGUGACGUCUCCCCGGACGACAAGUACAUAGUGACGGGCUCUGGGGACAAGAAGGCCACGGUGUACGAGGUGGUGUACUGAGGGCCGGGACAAGAUGACGAGGGACUGGACGGAGACUCUGGGCUGGUUUUGGGAGGAUGGAGGAGGAGCAAACCCAGUUACCCUGCCAACCGCUUCCACUCCUCAUUACAUCAGCAGCAGCAGCAGCACCUCUGUCUCAGUCCUCUUGAGUCCUUCUGAUCCUCACCCCUAAUACAUCUCCCCCGAUCCCCCUUUUUUGCUGUGAUAUAAGCUACUAAGGAAGCUCACAAAUGCCCCUUCCCCUCCUCCGCCUUCCACCUUUUUAGCCCAAGGAUGAGGCAUUAUAAGUUACAGGGAGAGGCAGAAAAAAAACAGGGAGAUAAGAAGGACAACGGAAAAGGGCAGUGGAGCGUAAAGAUAACGUCGGCAGGAGAAAGAAGGGAAAGAUGAGGAGAACGCAAAAGUGCGGAAGGAAGAGAAGUGAAAGGGAGGAAGUGGAUGACAAGGAGGAGGAGGGAGGCAGGGUAAUUAGGGCUGUUUCCUGAUUAAGAGCUCAGUGGAAGGGAGGCCCCCAGAGGAGGCGCGGAGCGGCACUGUGGGAGCGCCAGCCAGGAGCACUGAUACCACACAAUCGAUUCAUUAGCCAGACAGUGGAAGCCUUAAUGAGGCUGACGCCGCAGCUCGCUCUCCCCAGCGAGAGGUGUCAGGAGCUGGGCAACGAUGACGCUCUGAGAUGGGAGAGGGGCCGCUUCAGAUAUCCACACACAAUGACAUGAAACAUAGACCUGCUCACAAUACACACACACACAUUUGAAUACACCCCCUUGAGGUAAUCGUAGGAAGAUGGAAACACACACACACAACACACAGAGCACCCAAUUAAGCAUUCAUCGCUGCACUCCCCGUCUCACUGCUUAAUAUCUGUUUUAUUUUUGUCUGACAAAAGCAGCGUCUAAUGAGCAGCGGAGUCGAUGGGAUCCUCCCAGGACCCAGAGACACAAACAGAGAACAUCAGCCGAGCUGUUCCCUCUAAUUCCUCCCGAUUGUUCUCCUGACACCGGGCACCCGCUCGCUCUCAUUAAAGGCCCCGUCGGCUAGGUGACGUAGCAGCACACUUCACUGUAAGGCAAACAAGAGGGAAAAUGAACACCACCCAACUGCGCCAUCAGCAUCAGCAGCCGAAUUAUCAGCGGCUUAUUCCGAUUUCCUUCCACAUUUUUAUGCAACUAGUUGCUGUUUUCAUUUACAGAGCAGAUGAGAUUACAUGUUUAGUGGAGUCAUUAUCCCGCCUGCCUGAAACUAAAAAGCCAAAUCUUGUUUGAUAAGCUAUCGAUUGCUUGUAAUUGAGAUGCUAAACACCUUAAAGGAAAUCUUCAAUAUGUUGUGAGACAUUUUGAUUUGUUUUCUUGCUGAUGCUUGAUACAUAAGGACUAAGAAACAGGCAGCCAAGCGCUAACGGAGUGGAACAUAUUCCACCCACUCAAAUCACUCAUAAUUAAUGAUCACGUUAUAUCGUGUUUGUUUAAUACAUCCAGAGUCAAAGGUGUAAAAAUGAACCAAUCUGGCAACCAUAGGAGACUCCACGCUCAUGGUCCUCGCCAAGAAACAGUCCGGCACAAAACUCCCGUAAAAAUUGGGAUUUGCCCUUUUUCUUUUUUAAACUUUAUUUCUCUUCACAACAGACGAGGUAUAAUGUUUACGUCCGCGAGCUUCAGAGCUGUUAGUGGUUUCGGCAGAGCCAGGUCAGCAUAUUCCAAUCCGUGAUGCUUGUCAUACAGAUGUGAGUGGUGUCAACCUUCUCAUCUCGCUCCCUUCAAGAAAGCGAAUAAACGCAUUUCCUGAAAGCGCCAAACUUUUUCUCUCAACCCAUUUUUUUCUACUUUUCAAUCCUCCUUGUGUCGUACUCCAAACUGGCAGACAGACGGUAUAUCAGAGCUCUCUGCUUCUCUAGAACAUGCGUUGGUGCGUAGGAGAAAAAAAGGCACAUUUCAACCUCUUUUCUUUUUUUUUUAUUACUCAUUUAUUUCAGUAUUUUAUAUGAAUAGUGCUCGUCUUAUGUAAUGGUAUGUUUAUGUAUUGGGGUUUGCCUAUGACUGCGUUCGGGUUCGGGGAAGCAAACAGAGAGGGAUGCUCUCGCACAUGGAAAGAUGAAAAAUCACCACAAUGGUGAUUGUGCCAGGCAGAGGUCAUAUACAACAACAGCAAACCCAUGUGAAGAAAAAUAAUAAUAAGACCCUCCAUUUAAGAGAAAAUGUUCCUCUGUCUACGGUUUGUUGUUUUUGUUUUUUUCCCCCUUUUUUUCAAAAAGUGGUAGUAAACGUGCUUUAGCCUCUUUUCCGUCCUGAUUGUGUAACUGUACUAAGUUUCUGUCGGGUCUGAGGUCGGCGCGUCCACUGCGACGUGACAGUGCAGAUUCAGCCAUCGGAGAGGUCCCACUUUGUACUGCAUGCUUGUUGCACUGCAAGUCCACUUCUGCUGACGGAACCUGACUGGUCCGAUUUUAUUCCACAGCUACGAUGAAAAAUGUCACACAUCCAGUUUUGCAGAAGGAUGAAUCUUACAUCACAGUAUGCAAUUUAAUAAGGUGUGAAAUCAUUUUGGUCAAGUGUGUCAAUGUUUCUCGCCGCAGCAGGGAGAGACUUGUACAUUGGCUACUGUACCAGCGAGGAGUCAGGGAUUAUCUGUACAGUGGGACGCCUUUGCCCCUCUCUUCCCCUUCCUGCCUGUCAGUCACAGGCAGACCUACAGUGCUCUCUCACACAAGCUUGUAUACUCCCUCAGAAUGAUGCUGUAUAAUGGCUAUGCAUUUGGUGGUAUAGCGUGACUAUUUGGGACAAUAUUGUAUUUGAUACUCUUCUUUAACUGUCGGUAAUGUCUCUCUCUCCCCUGCUUCUGCUUUCUGUUCCAACACUAGAACGACUGCAAGCUCAUGUUUAGUUUCUUUUUUCUUGUUCCCUUUUUUAAUGCACUGCAUCUUCCCUCCUGAUGCAUUUCCCAUGUGCUGUACAAGAAAAACUAUGUGUGGAAAAAUAAACCAAACUUGUGUUCAUCCUUU